CUCCAGGAAAGUGAGGUUAUACAAAGUAAACGUCAAAAUAGUGUAAAUAUUGUGGGAGUAUGAUAGAAAAUAGAUAAAAAUGAAUGUAAUCGAGGAAAGAAAAAUAGAAAUAUCAAACAAAUUGAAAAAGGAACAAGCUAAUCUCCAACUGUUACAAGAAAGAUUGUCUAAAAGUGCCCAACUAACUGAAGGAAUUGGUAAUAUAUUAAAUACUUUUGAGCAACGAUUGUCUCGUCUGGAAGAAACGAUUUUACCUGUUUAUAAUGAAACUGAAACUCUAAGAAGAGCCCAGUGCAAUAUCGAACCUACUUUACAUUUAUUAGAUAAUGUAAUUAGUCACUAUGAGGUGUCUAGUGAUGUUGAACAUAUCAUCGAAAGAGGCCCUGGUGAAGGGGGGACUGAUCUUCAAUCAUACAUAAAUGCUCUAGAACGAUUGUCGGAAGCUCAAAAGUAUUUUGAAAAGAACAUACCUCAAAGUGUUGAAUUAAUCAAUGUGACUUCUUUCUUCCACAAAGGUAGUGAUAAACUCAAUGCGGAAUUCAAAACGAUUUUGGAUAAAUAUAACACUCCAAUUUUGCCAGUAGUAUUAUUAGAUUUGAUAAACAUAGACGACUCAACCGGCAAAGAAGUUAAAGUUUCUCCUAAGCAAAUACCUGACGACCCAAAAUCUCAGUUAAUUAAGAUAGCCAGAUGGCUUUUAGAUAAUGGUCGAGAUGAAUAUCUAACAGUUUAUGGAAAAGUCAGAGGUAGCGUCUUACAGAGGUCACUGACAAUGUUAAGAAACCACCAGAAAUCUGUUAGUGGUGGUAGCGUGCAUGGUACCACUAGUUCACCCAUGAUGAAAACAAAAUUUCAAAAUAGACACGAGACCUCCAGACGACCAUCAACAAGAAGAAUUGGUCAAGUAUUUGAAAGGAAAGCCAAUAAAAUGCUUUUUUCUUUGGAACAUUCGACUGGUCUGUCAUUGGGCACAAGACGAGCUUCUCAUUUAGAUACGUCGUAUACUGGCGAAGAACUAGACAAUGAACAAGAAAUGGAAAAUUAUUUAAUAUCUGUUAUAGCUUUACAUCGAUUAAUGCAGUUUGAACAAAUUUUAAUGAAAGAUAUUAUCACCCCAGCUCACCAACCGCGUGUAUUUGAAUUGAUUGUAAGAGAAGCCAUGGAUACUAUUGUUCAAGAUGGCGAGAACAUUGUGGCAAGGGCAAAAAAAUGCAUCCAGAGACACGAUUUUGCAACUGUUCUAGUUAUUUUUCCAAUUUUCAAACAGUUGCGAAACUUGAAACCGGAAUUUGAAAGAACGGUUGAGGAUUAUGAUUUAAAUGUCAAGCAAAAAUUCGAUCAGAUAUUACAAAUGCUUCAUGUUACGGGUGCGAAAGCUUUAGAAGAUUUUGUGGACAGUAUUCGUUCUGAUUCUGUAACAACCCAGCUACCUAGUGACGGUACUGUUCAUGAAAUGACGAGCAAUGUCAUAAUGUUUUUAGAGCAAUUACUUGAUUAUAUUGAUACUAUUGGCAUAGUACUUGAACAGGAUCAGAAUUAUUCCAGACAACUGAACAAAUUGAAAUUUUCUGAUAAAUGCAAGGCUCUGUUAGGACUGUAUAUAAAAAAAGUUUUGGCGCAACUCAACCAUACAUUAAUAAGUAAAAGUGAACAAUAUGGAGAUACAGCUUUGAGGUCUUUGUUCCGUUUAAAUAAUAAUAAUUAUGUCCUAAAAUCACUUCAAAGGUCUAAUUUAAUCGAAAUAUAUUUGAUAUCAGAACCAAACUGUCAAGAUUAUUAUUACACUUCAAUUCAAGAAAAUAAAAAGACUUAUUCUCAAAGCUGGAAUAAACUCUUGAAUUAUAUAAGUUGUGAUGAUCCAUCAUUAAAUUUUCACAGUGAUAAGCUCAAGGAUAAAGAAAGGGCAGUACUUAAAGAAAAAUUUGCUGGCUUUAAUAAAGAAAUAGAAGAAAUUUCGAAGGUCCAGAGAGGUUAUUCCAUCCCAGAUAUUGAAUUAAGAGAAAGUAUUAAAAGAGAUAAUAAGGAACUUAUCAUUCCACGAUAUAAUGCCUUCUAUAAUAAGUAUGCGGGAGUUCAUUUCACAAAAAAUCAUGAAAAAUAUAUUAAACACAAGCCUGAUGAAGUUUCAGCAAUUAUUGAUAGAUUCUUUGAUGUUGCUGCUUAAAAUGUUUUGUUAUUGUUAAAUGGUUAAUUAUUUUUUGGAAGUUAUUAGUAAACAGAUCUCUCUAUGACGUUGGCGUAUCCGGGAAUUCCUUAAGGAUAACUUUAUCUCAUAAAUAUUGAUAUUGCUCUCAGUACUUUUUUUG